AUGGGCAACCGUAAGACAACCGGCCUUCUAGCCGUCUUGGCAUCUGUCGCUUCGGUUACUGCUCACGGUCACGUCACCAACAUCGUCGUGAACGGCGUCUCAUAUCGCAACUACAUCCCCGUCCAGGACCCAUACACCAACAACCCUCCACUUGUGGCCGGCUGGACGAUAGACCAGCGUGACAACGGCUUUGUCGCACCUGAUGCUUACAAUGCCCCGGAUAUCAUCUGCCACAGACAAGCAGUAUCGGGCAAGGGCCGAAUCACAGUUGCUGCCGGCGAUACUGUGCAGCUACAAUGGACGGAGUGGCCUGAUAGUCACAAAGGCCCCGUUAUGGACUUCCUGGCAAACUGUAACGGACCUUGCAACGCUGUCGACAAGACGGCACUCAAGUUCUUCAAGAUUGACGGCGCUGGUCUCAUUAACCCCCCGCAACAGACAAACCAGUGGGCGGCAACAGUGCUGAUCAAUAACGGCAAUGCGUGGUCCGUCCGUAUCCCGCCCAAUGUUGCCCCAGGUCACUACGUUCUUCGCCACGAUAUCAUUGCCCUCCACAGUGCUGGUCAGCAGAAUGGAGCGCAGAGUUAUCCCCAGUGCGUCAACCUGGAGAUCACCGGUUAUGGGACGGACAACCCAGCUGGCAUACCGGGAACCGCUCUCUAUGGAGCCAAUGACCCCGGCAUCCUGUACAACAUCUACCGGGACAACCUCAACGACUAUGUCAUUCCCGGUGGUGCCAUCAUCCCCGGCGGAUUUUCCAUGCUUCCGCAGUCGAGGAUCCAGAUCACUGCCUCAGGCAGCGCUACCCCUUAUGGCACAACAAUCCGCGCAAGCUCAACUGUCAUGGCCUCCGCCAGUGUCCCAACUUCGAGUUCUACGCCGUCACCCACGACCUUCCUGACCAUGACCACGACGGCACCGCCCGCCGGAGGACCGACUCAGAACCUGUACGGUCAGUGCGGUGGCUCAAACUACGCCGGUCCGACCAGGUGCCCAGACUACGCGUCUUGCGCUACUAUCAACCCGUACUACGCGCAAUGUACCCCGGGUCCUGUGCCGGCGGGAGCUCAGUCUCUGUAUGGACAGUGUGGCGGCAUGAACUGGCCGGCUGAGAGCCCGGCGUCUUGUGUCCCGGGCGCUACUUGCAAGACGGCCAACCCGUACUACGCUCAGUGUACUCCGGUAUGA